UAAAAGCUAGGAAAUUUCCCCACCAAAACGAAGGCGUCCCCCCUCCUCCCUUCUCUUUCCAUCUUCAUCUCUUAUUAGCUCUUUCUGCAACAAAUUAAACCGCCUCCAAGGAUUGCAGAAAGUAUCAGAAAACCCAGAUCCACUAACGGCCAUGACUUCCCAGAGUUCCAAACCAUGUCCUAUCAAAACUGUGGUGAUUUUAGUCCAAGAGAACCGCUCGUUUGAUCACAUGUUUGGAUGGAUGAAGGCCAUCAACCCCGAGAUAGAUGGCGUUACAGGGAAAGAGUACAACUUGGUAACCACAACAGACGCCAACUCGAGCCGGGUUUACUUCGGGAAUCGGUCGGAGUACGUUGACGCCGACCCGGGUCACUCGUUUCAGGCAAUAUACGAGCAGGUGUUUGGAGUCGCGUGGGGACACUCAUCUUCGUCUAAUAUGGUUCCAAGGAUGGAUGGUUUUGCUCAGCAGGCAGAGAGUAUACAGAAAGGGAUGUCCCAGACAGUGAUGAAUGGGUUUAGACCAGAAGCAGUAGCGGUUUAUAAGGAGUUAGUUUCAGAGUUUGCCGUUUGUGACAGGUGGUUCGCGUCGCUUCCGACUUCAACACAGCCGAACCGGAUGUUCGUUCACUCUGCAACGUCGCAUGGUUUUGUCAGCAAUGAUACUAAGAAACUGAUCGAAGGGUUCCCGCAGAAGACAAUAUUCGAGUCUCUGGACGAGGCAGGGCUCUCGUUUGGAAUAUACUAUGCCUCCCUUCCAUCUACGCUUUUCUACAGGAACCUUAGAAAAAUAAAAUACAUGAAGAAUUUCCACCUAUAUGAUCUAGAAUUCAAGAGGCAUUGUAAGGAGGGGAAGCUGCCUAACUACGUGGUGAUCGAACCACGAUAUUUCGAAAAAAAAUUGCAGCCAGCGAAUGAUGAUCACCCCCCACAUGAUGUUUCCGAGGGACAAAAAUUGGUGAAGCAAGUAUACGAAGCACUGAGAGCAAGCCCACAGUGGAAUGAAAUCUUAUUCAUCAUCACAUAUGACGAGCACGGUGGCUUCUAUGAUCAUGUCCCAACUCCUACUCGAGUUCCAAGCCCAGAUGACAUCGUCAGUCCUGAACCUUUCAACUUUAAGUUUGAUCGCCUUGGUGUUCGGGUGCCCACCAUCAUGAUUUCUCCAUGGAUUGAGCGAGGAACAGUGCUGCAUAGACCUUCAGGUCCACAUCCUUCGUCGGAGUUUGAGCAUUCUUCCAUUCCGGCAACAGUGAAGAAGAUAUUCAACCUGAAAGAAUUUCUAACAAAGCGUGAUGCAUGGGCUGGCACAUUUGACAUUGUCUUGACAAGGGAGAGCCCAAGAACAGAUUGCCCAGUUACCCUACCGGAACCAACUGUAGAACUGCGAUCCGCUGACGCAAGUGAAGAGGCAAAGCUAAGUGAACUUCAAGAGGAGUUGGUGCAGCUGGCAGCUACACUUAAUGGGGAUCAUAGCAAGGAUAUCUACCCACAGAAGCUAGUAGAGAACAUGAAGGUCGUAGACGCUGCCAGUUACGCAGAAGACGCAUUCAAGAAAUUCUUAGAAAUAUGUGAAAAUACAGAAAAUAACGGGGCAAAUGAGUCUGAGAUUGUUGGUGUGCCACCAACUCCAACUGCACAGCCACCUACUUCUAUGUCCGAAUUCUUUCUUAAAAAACUGUUUUGUUGUUUCGUUUGAAUCUGGGAUUUAUAUCUAGAACCAAUAUAUUCCGACUGAAAUCCGUCGUCGAGCAGAUGUGUUUAUUACAUUCGUAUGUAUUUAUUACCUAAUACUCUACAACAAUAUUGUGUAUGUUAUAUUUAUUUUGCUCAUGACAAUGUUCUCUUUAGUAUGUACUUGUAUUUCA